AAAACUAUCGCGGUCACGGUUAGAAUAUUGAUCGACCAUGGAUUAAAAAAAAACACGCACACACAGAGAGACAGUAAGAAGAGGGUCGAUGAUGUCGCUCGUGCUGUGUGCUGAAGUGGAAAUAAUUGUGACCCGUUUGUACAAUGUAUAUUUCGCUGUAACCCUUCGCUUCCAUUUCCUGAGCGAUCCCCGAAUAUUGCGUCUACACUUUGAACACUGUUGAUUGGCCGAUUAGGCCGAGCUGUUUCUACGAAGCAGACCAACCCGUAACCACACUAAGCCUGUCCCGCGGAUCCCGGAGAUGGGGAAAACUAUGCAUCGCACAAGCAUGGUCACACGAACGAAGAAGGAAAGGCCGUGCCAACGUGUCCGGCAGUGUUAAUCUUUUAAAGAGAGCAAAGCAUAAAAACAAAACUUAAAAUCGAUGCAAAUUUGUAUUAUUAGGAUUAAAUGAGCAUUGGGUUAGCAGGAUCGGAUCAAUUAACCUUUAGCGAUAGCGGUAGCAAGAAAAACAAGGACCCUCCGGUCAUCCUGAUUCCCCAGUUUUCGGUUCACGGUGAUAUAGAGAUGACGAGAAGAGACAGAAGGUGGUGGCACGUCGUUCACCAUGUUGCUUUAAAGUUGCAUCGUUGCGUAGCACAAAAGAAAAAGGGGGGUUGGAAUUUCGGAAACCGUUGUAGUGUGGAAAACAAAUGCCAAAAAAAAUUAACGGAGAGAAAUGCUGCCAAGUGAUACAUAAAAAUGGUACUUCGUAGAAGUGUGACAAAGCCCGUCGGUGCUGUGGACGGUGGCAAAAGGUUUCGAGCAAAUAUUAUCGCACCAUCAUCGUAUGACAGGACAAUAUGGGUGCUGGGAGGUGCGAACAGGGUGUCGGGUGUCGGUGGUGGAAAAUUCUACCGAGAGAGAAAGAGAGCGGGCGAAUGGAAGAGAGGCUCGACAGCUUUACCGGCAAACGGUCGAAUAAAUUUGUGAAUAUUUCACUGUACAGAAGAACGGAACAACCAUACAAGCACACACACACGCACACACAGACACAUUCCUAGAAAAGGUGAAUCGAUCCCGCGGAAGCGUUGAAGAGGAAGGAAGAAGUAGCCCUAAUACAUAUUUCUGGAACUCGGUCAUCCCUUUAAGCUAGCAGUGAGCGAACCUGGUCAGAAGAAAAUCGAGUCCUCUAUACAGAAGAAAAGCAAAAGGAAACGAGUUAGGCUAAUCAUCUUCUUAUCCGGCAGGACUUCCUAUCCGGAAUCCGGAGAAGCUGGACAUUUAUUUUUUAAACCGAAAAGCGAAAAAAAAAACUCAAGAAAAUCCAUUUUUACCACACAAACAGCAUGAGCAUUGCACACUUUCGAUUCAAAAUUUCAAGAGAAAAACCAUUCUACUCACCAAAACGCGGAACCGAUUUUCAGAAGGAAAGCAGACGCGUUUGGUAUAGAUUUAGCACAACCUACAAGGAGACUGUAAAAUAUUCACCUUUUGAUUGACGAACUGGGUUACACUACUAUUGCUUACCUACUUACUAAACUAAACUAUCUUAAGGCUAAGUGACAGGUACGGACAGGGCAGCAGCGUUAGGGGCAUUUGUUGACAGUUUAUGAAACCGAACCGUUAUCCUUACCCUCCACACCUAACACAAGUCUUAUCUGCCAAAGGAAAUCGUCGGUAGUUUAAAAAAAAAAAACUACGGUACAAUAUGAUGCCGGCAUACUUCCGUUUUGAAACUAUAUCUAGGUUAAGAGACUUCCUCUGUAAAUUGGUUAUUUGGUUAAGAUCACGAUUCGCUGUAUCGAUACGAGAUACGUUUUGCUUGCAAACCAACGCAACACUGUUCUGUUGCGAAUCUCGCCUAGCUUCAACUGUGCGCCUGCGUGUAUACUAUUUGCGGAGCACCAACGUGCUCCAAACUGAGGCCAAACAAAAAUCCCAUUUAAUGUAAGCAUUUCGAAAGGGUGGAAGAAACACACAAAACCCAUCUACUACCACGGUUGCUCGAUCACGAUGUUAGAUCACGAUGGUUCGGGGAAUCUAAUGACCCCGAAACAUUUAAACAAACUAUUACAUACACGAUUUCUGUUAGGCUGUUUCGUUUGGUUGUACCGAUCUGCUGGACAAGCACCCGACCCGGGAGUGUUUGUGCCAACAUUGUUCCUUUUGUGUCCCGGUUGUUUGUUUUAAGGAUCUCGUUCCACACGAGCAUGGUAGGAUCGGGUUUCUGUGCUAGAAACGUUAGAAGAAACACCAACAACAGUUGGUUACAAGUUAAGUUUGUUAAGGAUGACGCUUUGUACAUAGGGACACGUCGGACAUCGGAAAACUACACACUACGCCACAUAUUCUAAAUAGUUAGCCGAUAGUGAAACGAAACGAGAAGAAUAUUUCCGAUCCCGUUUGGAUGGGGAAGGAUACAAAAAUCGAAGAAAGAAGAGAAAUUAUGCCCCCUUUAAAGGUUCUAGUUGCGUAAGGAUUUCUAGUGCGUAAGCCAGCGAUCGAUUUGAAUUUCCUACUCACCCAUUGACACGACAUUUAAAUAUCAACUGCACGGCAUGGUAUUGCUCCAUUUGCUAUCUUAAGUCCUUUAGUUUUUGUUCAACUUUUCCCUACGUUUCGUUAUGUUUCCUGAGCUCAAUUCCCUUUUGCUAAUGAUCGUUGGAUCGAUCUGCUAUCAAUACUUGUGAAGCACUUCAUACCCCGUUCGGGGUGAGAUAGUUUUAAACAACAAAGCUAGUGAGGUUCACCAUGCACAUCGAUGGUGAGACAUUUUGAACGUAACGCGAAGCAUAACACAACCAAGAGAAGCACGAUUGCACACAACUAUACCUAUUAGUGAACGUAAGAGAAAUUCCAAUAAACGGGACCAACGGUGUGUUAAAGGUUAAUGCGUACAACACCCAAACCAGCAUCGAAGCACGUACACAUAGUAAACCCCCAUUCAUAGUUUCAGACUGCAACAGAUGCACUCACAAAACCAAUUCACAAAACCGAACAAAGCAAUUCACAGAACCAACUCAGAAGCAAAGCCACACGUCAGUGACCUAACGAUAAAAUACGCACAAUGCCCGGUUUUGGUGGGGUCCUUGUGUUUCGAACCAAUUUGCUAAAACAUCUCGUUGAAUGCUCAUAAUUCCCAGAAUUAUCAGUAAUGUUGUUUAAUAUGAGUUAUUUGCAAUCAUUCCCUUCGUGUUUGCCAAUGUAACGCAUCUCACGUAACGCGUAACGCGUUUGCUUUGGUUUGUGUCUUCUCUAGAUUGCGGUUUCAUUUUGGCUGCGUACUGAACGCGUGGCUGCCGUUACGGCUGCGUUCUAUGCGAUGCCGUUUCAAAUGAUUCGGUUCGAUUUGUUUGGAGAAGGAUUGAUGAUGCAAAUGUAAGCAACCGAGAAAAUACAGCAGAACUGCCAUUUUCUAAUUGAAAGCAAGGGAUGGAAAACUAGCAUAAAAAGCCAACCCACAGCACUAGGUGGGAUAUUUAUUAACAAACAAACCAAAAAAAACCACUCCAAAUAGUUUAAAGCAAACCCCCCUCGAAAAUGUGUGAUCACUAGCCAGUAGUUUUGCUGCGAUCCGGACAGUGAUACGUUCUACGGUGGAGGAGGGAUCGUUAAAAGUAAAAUCCCAACAGGAGCCCACACCCCAGCGUUCCAGAAGCGAAAGAUUCGGUCUUAGAAAGUAAAAACAAUUUUGAAAGUAAACCACCACUAGAAGCAAAACAAACACAAAACCCCCGACACGGAAAAGGGAAGAGAACGCGAACGGCGUUUUCGUACCCAAAUUUGUUGAUGCAGAACCGGCACAAUACGUACGAUUGCACAUACAACCAGCUCGCAGCAGACACACACACACCCAAAACCCCGGCAGACCCAAUAAAUAGAAUAUUAAAUGCAGCGAUGUGAACCAGCCCAUGCCCGGUAGCCGUGAAGAAAGAAAGGGAAAUUUGGUCCACGGAAAGGGAAGCAGAUUGCAGACAAACACUUACACACACUCACACACACACAAAUGAAGAGGUACUAAAGCGUUUACUAGUAUUUAAAUAAUAAAGCUAAUUUGGCGAUUCACGAAACGGUAGCCAACGGUGGCCAAAUUUCGCCAAGUGAUGGAUUGAACUAGUAGUGAAGAGAGAGAGAGAGAGAGAGAGAGAGAGAGAAUUAAAGUGAAGGUAACGUUGUAAUGUUAUAGUUUAAAAGCUGCUAGUGAAAUGUAAAGUAAACAAUUUAAGCAAAGGACAGAGAGGCGUGUGUAACCGGUGCGAGGCCGUAGCAAUUCGCGAGACAAAUUACCACGAGAUACGUGCACGGACAAUUUUAUAACCGACAAACUACUACUACUUCUCCUUGCUUUCCUCCUGGACCCUGGAAAUCCCCCCGUUUCGCUCCCUUUUAUCAGUGGGUGUGUUUUGUGAGGCACCGCCAAACGAUUAAAAAAUCCGAGAUCGAAAGGCCGACCCGAUCCGGGAAAAAUUGUGCGAAUAGCGAAAGCCAAAAAUAUACACAGGAACCAGUUUGCGGGCGCGUGCGCCAGUGAAGCAACCGCCCCGAGACAGACACACUCGGCGGCCGAUUGUCCCCCAACCAGGCACAGAGAUCGUGUUCCACUGAACUAGUUUUAUUUAGCCGAUGUAGCGAUCAAGUGAGGUGGAGUGUUAGAAGAGAGCGAGUGCGCGAAGAACAGAAAAGCAAAACUGCCAAAUUUUUAGAUAAAACAAAUAUGAUUACUUAUGAAUAGAAGUGGGGGGGGCUGUCGAGCAGAUGAGGAGGGAGACGGUCCGGGAACCGUUUCGAGUGGAAUGUUACAAAUGUCAACAAAAAAACAGGGAAUUAUUUCACGCAAAGCACAGGAACACAUUACUCUUUCGCAGCGCGCAAUUGGAUUUGUGUAGAAAUGAGCAGUAUUAUCAUCAUCAAUUCGUCGACCUUCUUAACGUGUUUCAUCAGUUCGCGAAACGAACCGUCUGGGGUGAAUCGUACGAAAAGCUUCCAUCGACGACAUCGAUAGCUGGCCUUAACAUUCACGCGCCCGCAACCACCAUGUGGGGGAUGAACUUGCUCUCGAUCUUCAAAUUUAUGGACUCACCGUGGGAGCAUAUUUCGAGAAAAAUUGCACAUUUUCACCCGAGGAUCUCCCUGUGGGUUUAGUUUGCUUUUUUUGUUCUGCCUGUCGAACCGUGCUACAUAAUUUGAUUUAUGUCUAUUUCACGAACAACGAUCACGACCCGCUGCAGCGAAACCCUCCCCAUUGGCGUAUCUAGCCACUGAAAGGUCUUCUGUCACUUCGUUCUUCGGUCAGCUCGACUUCGAGACAGAGGUAGAGACGCGAAAUUAAUCUAAAAUUCAAAACCCGCUACUUAAUCCCAUCGAUCAAGGUCUUACCAGGUGUGCAAAUUAUAAUGCUGGGUGUAGCAAAAAGUAAGCCGCUGCGGAUGAUAGGCACAGAUCGGGCGAGCACUGCAGAAGGUGCUAAUUCGCCCGCUGCUGUUAAGCUUAGUCGCUUCUAAAACAAAUGGCUUCAUUAGCACGUUCGAUAGUUCGCUACCGACAGGCCGAAAGGUUCACUGCCAAUUGUCCCCAAAAGUUGGAAUGUUUAAAAGGCUUCCAGCCGCGGCCAAGGAUAAGGAAGCUUUUUCGUACGAUUUUGCGGAGAGCGUUUUGGAACGGACGCAAUCUUUAGUUUGCCUCAAAACUGUAAGAAAAUUCAGCUUCUUGGUUAAAAUGGUUAAUUACGUAUCUUUUAAGAAAGCAGGACGAGUGACAUCCAAUCGAACGUGUUCGAAAGUGUACAGAGCAGAGAAAGGAAUGAUAGACGCGCAGCGCAGCCGACGAGAGCGUUACCUUUCUCGACCAUGUAAAUAGAUACGUUUUAAGACGAGCAAGGGCGACCCGAUGGUCCUCUAGAUAAAAAGAAAAGAGAAAACAGAAACCACGCAUCCUUACUAAUUAAAGAAAAAAACAAGCAAACGUAUCCCAAUUCCAAAAACAAAAAAACAGAAAGGAAAACACAGCCAAAAGCGAUAGACCCGUGAACGAAGUGUUUUUUGCUAAACUGCACAAACUGGCAAAUGGAAAAAAUUGGCAAAAUUUGUGUGAAUAUAGACCGAUGGAAGAUAGGAGAAAGUUAUCGGAGAAGCACAAACGAAAAACAAAAAUAUCUUCUCACUCUCACUCCCGGCUAGAUAAAUCGAACGAAUCGAAUGACAACAAAAAACAGACUAGUGAGAAAUACAGACAGGCGAUCAAACUUUAUAAAACGCAUGCCAAGUGAACGAAGUGGCCAACCAACACACAAAACACAUUCGCACCAAGAGAAAUAUGGGAGCGGCCAAAAACCGACAAGAAAUACAACCAAACGCAAACAUACUAGAAUAGGGAUCGGUUCGAUAAAGAUGACAGUUUUGCAAUGCUCCUCGAACCGGGGGAAGCGAAACAUGCAUGAAACAAUGUUGCCAAAUCGCGCGAAGCAAACGCGCCAGUGAAAGCCUCGUGGUGCACAGUAAUACUAAUACCCAAGAAAAAAAAACCAGGGAUGAAAGAAAAGAUUAAAAUUACAAACAAACAAAAAAACACACACUCAAAGAGAAGCACACUCAUACCACACAAAAAAAACGAAAGAAGAAGAAAACGAAAAUGUGGAGAAGAAAAAAAUAGAGGAGAAAAUGAGGAAAGCAUUUGUUAAAUUAUAAUAUUUUCAAAUUUAUUGUAAUUUCUAUGAAAUAUAUGAACAUGAAAAACAUGAGCAGAAAUGCGAACGAAAAAA